GAACAUCAAUAACAAAAAUAAACAAUACACGCACACAAACGUAAACGUGUGGACAACACACACAGAUAGGCUGCAGAGCGAACGUGAACUUCAAGCUGAUUGGUAGCACUUUUCUGCCGCUGUUAGUUAACAGAACUUCCCCCUCGCACACAGUUAACAGCUGAGAGAACGCGCCUUUUUUAUCCUCCCACACCCGCCGCACAAGCUUAACAGCCAAUUUACAAUACACACACACAUACAGACAAACGCAUCAACAUGGACAGGGACAGCCUGCCGCGCGUUCCAGACACACACGGCGAUGUCGUCGAUGAGAAAUUAUUCUCGGAUCUUUACAUACGCACCAGCUGGGUGGACGCUCAAGUGGCGCUCGAUCAAAUUGAUAAGGGCAAGGCGCGUGGCAACCGCACGGCAAUCUAUCUGCGUUCAGUAUUCCAAUCCCACCUCGAAACGCUCGGCAGCUCGGUGCAGAAGCAUGCGGGCAAGGUGCUAUUUGUGGCCAUCCUGGUGCUGAGCACGUUCUGUGUGGGCCUCAAGAGCGCCCAGAUACACUCGAAGGUGCAUCAGCUGUGGAUACAGGAGGGCGGCCGGCUCGAAUCGGAGCUGGCCUAUACGCAGAAGACCAUCGGCGAGGAUGAGUUCUCGACGCAUCAGCUGAUCAUACAGACGGCGCACGAUCCGAAUGCAUCCGUGCUGCAUCCGCAGGCGCUGCUAUCGCAUCUGGAGGUGCUCGUCAAGGCGACCGCGGUCAAGGUGCACAUGUACGAUACGGAAUGGGGUCUGCGGGACAUGUGCAAUUCACCGACAACGCCCAGCUUCGAGGGACACUAUUAUAUUGAGCAAAUCCUCAAGCAUCUGAUACCGUGCUCCAUCAUUACGCCGCUCGAUUGUUUCUGGGAGGGCAGCCAGCUGCUGGGACCCGAAACACCCGUCUAUAUACCCGGCCUCAACCAGCGACUCAUGUGGAGCACUCUGAAUCCGUCGGCAGUGAUGCAGUUCAUGAAGCAGAAGUUGUCCGAUCAGAAGAUCAGCUUUGACUUUGAUACCGUGGAGCAGUACAUGAAACGGGCGGCCAUCAGCAGCGGCUACAUGGAGAAGCCCUGCCUGAAUCCCAUGCAUCCGCUGUGCCCGGACACGGCGCCCAACAAGAACAGCCGUCAGCCACCGGAUGUGGGUGCCAUUCUCUCCGGCGGCUGUUACGGCUAUGCGGCCAAGUAUAUGCACUGGCCGGAGCAGCUAAUUGUGGGCGGGGCUCAGCGCAAUCGCAGCGGACACCUGAAGAAGGCCAAGGCUCUGCAGACGGUGGUGCAGCUGAUGACCGAGAAGGAGAUGUACGACCAGUGGCAGGAUCACUACAAGGUCCAUCACAUUGGCUGGACACAGCAGAAGGCCGCCGAGGUGCUCAACGCCUGGCAGCGCAAUUUCUCCCGCGAGGUGGAGCAGCUGCUGCGCAAACAGUCCCGCAUCGCGUCCAACUAUGACAUCUAUGUGUUCAGCUCGGCGACCCUGGACGAUAUACUGGCCAAGUUCUCGCAUCCGAGCGCCGUCAGCAUUGUGAUCGGCGUCGCUGCCACCGUGCUCUAUGCCUUCUGCACGCUGCUGCGCUGGCGCGAUCCUGUGCGCGGCCAGAGCAGCGUCGGCGUGGCCGGGGUGCUGCUCAUGUGCUUCAGCACGGCGGCCGGGUUAGGCCUGUGCGCCCUGCUGGGCAUUGUGUUCAAUGCGGCGAGCACGCAGGUGGUGCCCUUCCUGGCACUGGGCCUGGGCGUCGACCACAUCUUCAUGCUGACGGCCGCGUAUGCGGAGAGCAACCGGAAGGAGCAGACCAAGCUGAUCUUGAAGAAGGUCGGUCCCAGCAUACUGUUCAGCGCCUGCAGCACGGCGGGCUCCUUCUUUGCGGCCGUCUUCAUUCCGGUGCCCGCGCUCAAGGUCUUCUGCCUGCAGGCGGCCAUUGUGAUGUGCUUCAAUCUGGCCGCCGCUCUGCUGGUUUUUCCGGCAAUGAUAUCUUUGGAUUUGCGCCGACGCACCGCUGGACGUGCGGACAUCUUUUGCUGUUGCUUUCCCAUUUGGAAGGAGCAGCCCAAAUCCCACCAAUUGACCAUGAACAACAAUAGCAUGCGCGCCGGACGUCAUCUCAAGAACUGCAACAACAAUCGAACGGCCCAACUGCAGCAGCAGCAGCAGGCGCAGCAGCAGCCGGCACAGAAUCCGCUGCUGGAGCCGCGCGCAGCUGGCGGCGCGGUGGGCAGUUCCCUGCCCGCCUUCUCGCUGGCCAAGUUUGCGUACAAGUAUUAUACGCCGUUCCUUAUGCGCAGCUGGGUCAAGUUCCUGGCCGUGAUGGGCUUCCUGUGCGCCGUCAUCUUCAGCCUGUACGAGGCGACAUCCUUGCAGGAUGGCCUGGACAUUAUCGACCUGGUGCCAAAGCACAGCAACGAGCACAAGUUCCUGGACGCCCAGACGCGUCUCUUCGGCUUCUAUAGCAUGUACGCCGUGACCCAGGGCAACUUCGAGUAUCCGACGCAGCAGCAGCUGCUCUGCGACUACCACGAGGCCUUUGUCCGGGUGCCGCACGUGAUCAAGAACGACAACGGCGGACUGCCCGACUUCUGGCUGCUGCUGUUCCGCGACUGGCUGAUCAAUCUGCAGCGCAUCUUCGACGAGGAGUUCCGCGACGGCCGACUGCACAAGGAGAACUGGUAUCCGAAUGCCAGCAGCGAUGCGAUUCUCGCCUACAAGCUGAUCGUGCAGACGGGCUAUGUCGACAAUCCGAUCGACAAGAACCUGGUGGAGACGAAUCGGCUGGUGAACAGCGAGGGUAUUAUCAAUCCCAAGGCCUUCUACAACUAUCUCUCCGCGUGGGCAACAAACGACGUCUUUGCCUAUGGUGCCUCACAGGGCAAACUUUAUCCGGAACCGCGCCAGUAUUAUCAUGCGCCCAACGAGUACGACCUGAAGAUACCCAAAAGCCUGCCGCUGGUCUAUGCCCAGAUGCCCUUCUAUCUGCACGGCCUGACGGACACGUCCGAGAUCAAGACCCUGAUUGGCCACAUACGCGAUCUGAGCGUCAAAUACGAGGGCUACGGACUGCCCAACUAUCCGUCAGGCAUUCCCUUCAUCUUCUGGGAACAGUACAUGACGCUGCGCUCCUCGCUGGCCCUCAUUCUGGCCUGCGUCCUGCUGGCCGCCUUGGUGCUCGUCUCGCUGCUCCUGCUCUCCGUUUGGGCUGCUGUGCUUGUGAUCGUUACGGUGCUUGCCUCGCUGGCCCAAAUCUUUGGCGCCAUGACACUGCUCGGCAUCAAGCUGUCCGCCAUUCCCGCCGUCAUCCUCAUACUGGGCGUGGGCAUGAUGCUCUGCUUCAACGUGCACAUCUCGCUGGGAUUCAUGACGUCCGUGGGCAAUCGGCAGCGACGCGUUCAUCUGGCCAUGCAGCUGUCGCUGGGUCCCUUGGUGCACGGCAUGCUCACCUCCGGCAUGGCGGUGUUUAUGCUGUCCACGUCGCCCUUUGAGUUCGUCAUCCGGCACUUCUGCUGGCUGCUGCUGGUGGUGCUCUGCGUGGGCGCCUGCAACAGUCUGGUGGUGUUCCCCAUUCUAUUGAGCAUGCUGGGCCCGGAGGCGGAGCUGGUGCCGCUGGAGCAUCCGGAUCGCAUAUCGACGCCCUCGCCGGUGCCCAUGCGCAGCAGCAAGCGCUCCAACAAGUCGUUCGUGGUGAACGGAUCGCGUGGCUCGUCGCGCAACUCCGGCAACUCCAACAACUGUCACAAGGCGCACCAUUACCACAAGGACGUGAACAUCAACGACCCCUCGCUGACGACCAUUACGGAGGAGCCGCAAUCGUGGAAGUCCAGCAACUCGUCCAUACAAAUGCACAACGAUUGGAGCGCGCCGCCAACGCCGCCCACGCACAGUCACCAUCCGAAUCAUCUGAACAAUCAUUAUAUGAACAACAUUAACAAUUAUCAGCAUCGCAACGAACGUGAACCACGUGAACAUGGCGCCGCCUCCGGCUCGAACUGCUCCUAUGCGGGGCCGCCGCCGUCCUACCACAAGGCCUCGCAGCCCGGCGGCGGCGGUGGCGGCUAUGGACCGCCGGAGCUGCAGAGCAUUGUGGUGCAGCCGGAGGUGACCGUGGAGACGACGCACUCGGACAGCAACACCACCAAGGUGACGGCCACGGCCAACAUCAAGGUGGAGCUGGUCACGCCCGGACGUGCGGUCCGCAGCUACAACUUUACGAGUUAGCCCUGGCACUAGUUAGUUCCUGUAGCCAUUAACGUCUAUCUGUAUCUGUAUCUUAAUCUGUAUAUGUGUAUGCAUGUUAGUUAAUUUCCACGUAGGACAUAUAUAUCUAUAGUUAUCAUAUAUAUAUAUAUAUAUAUAUAUAUAUAUGUGUGUAGUAUAUAUAGCAGCUGCUAUGCUCCAUUCGCAUGCCUAGCAGCUUUGUAUGUAUGUAUUUAGCACCUAAGGCAUUCUUAAACAUAGAGUUAUUUAUUGUAACACACACACACACACCCACACACACCCCACACACACACACCAUACAGAGCUAUGUACUUAUGUUCGGGGUCGCUUAAUUGGCCCAAUCUUAACGCGAGAUUCAAAUAUCAAACCAAGCCACACACUAGUAAUUUAUAGCAUUUAAUUUAGUUUAAAUAUGUACAUAAAACACAAGGACUUGAACCAAAAUAGUAUCGCUAAAAACACACACACACACACACACAAAAACACACUCAAUUUAAGAAUUAACAACUAAAAAAAACAAAAUACAAAAAAAACCCAAAAAACGAACAGAAGAAAUUUACUAAUCAAACAAAACGAAAUUAAAUAUAUUAAGAAAUAUCCCUCCCGUAGGUACUUACAGCCAAAAUUAAUAAAUACAAAAAAAUAUAAAUUGAUUAAAAAUAAUAAAAAAAACAAUUGUCCAACGAUAAGGACUGUAUGUAUCCAAAUAACACACACACACACACACAAACACACACACAUUAUGCAGU